AUGAGUGCAGGGUCCCUCGUGUAUAAUCCGGGUCCGGUCGCAUGUUUCCUUUUGACCUCUUUUGCGCGUUGUUUCGUUCCCUCUUCUGAUAAGAAAGCGGCCUUAUACAGACGACCCAACAUGGAGAAGCAGCCGAGUGAGAACGUCAACACCGAUGGCUCUGUCCUCGAAAGCCAGCCAUCGGAUGCCAUCAAGAACACCAGCUCCGGCGGCGUUCUUGCCCGUCUGAACGAGAGAAUCGCCUCGAUUAGGUUUAUGGAAAACCGAGGUAUCGAACGGGUACCUGAAUCAGAGCGUCAUAGCGUUGCCGCUGCCGAUUACAUGCAGAUGGCCCUGCUGUGGUUCAGUACAAACAUCACCGCCAACAACAUCGCCGUUGGUAUGCUUGGUCCGUUGGACUAUGGUUUGAGUUUCACUGAUUCUGCGCUCUGUGCCACUUUCGGCGCCUUGCUGGGCGCUGCCGGUGCUGCGUAUAUGGGCACCUGGGGUCCAGUCAGUGGUAAUCGUACGAUGGUCAUUGCGCGUUAUUUCAUGGGCUACUAUCCCAGCAAGAUCUGCGCCCUCUUGAACAUCGUCAUUAUGCUGGGUUACGGAAUGAUUGACUGCCUCGUCGGAGGCCAGGUUCUCUCUGCCGUCGCUGGUGGAAACAUGACUAUCGUCGUUGGAACAAUUAUUGUCGCUAUCAUAACCUGGAUCGUGGUCGUCUUUGGUAUGUCCGUCUUCCACAAGUACGAAAGAUGGGCAUGGGUCCCGCAAUUGAUUGCGCUGUUUGUUUUGGUCGGUUCUGCUGGUCCCAAGUUCGACACCAAUAUUCCCUCUGUGGGCACCUCCCGAGACAUCGCCGGCAACCGUCUGUCCUUUUUUUCGCUUUGCUUGUCAUCGUCAGUUGCAUGGGCCCCUGCCGGUGCCGACUAUUACGUGUACUACCCCCCAACCACCAAGAAAUGGGCCACCUUCACCAUGAGCUUCUUUGGCAUCGGUCUUGCAUUGACUUUUGCCAAUCUGCUUGGCGUUGGCCUCGGCUCCGGAACUUUUAGCAACGCUGACUGGGCUGCUGCUAACGAUGUUUCGUCUGGCGCCUUGAUCAUGCAAGGUUAUGAUGGUUUGGGCGGAUUUGGAAAGUUCCUCGGUGUUUUAAUUGCGUUGGGUCUCAUUGCAAACAAUAUUCCAGGUACAUAUUCUGCUACCCUUGGUUUCCAGACUCUUGGUCGUUAUGGGGUUGCAUUGCCUCGUUGGUUCUGGACUUGCGUCGGUGUCAUCAUUUACACUGCGUGUGCCUUGGGUGGUCGAGACCACCUAUUUGAGAUCUUCGAAAACUUCCUCGCUCUCAUGGGCUACUGGGUCACGAUCUUCUUGGUCAUUGUGCUUGAAGAACACAUGAUCUUCCGCUGGGGCAAGAUUGCACCCGCCUUUGACUGGUCGCUCUGGGCAGACCGAAGCAAACUGCCUCUGGGUCUUGCUGCCUUUACAGCAUUCGUAAUUGGGUGGAUCGGAAGCAUCAUGUGCAUGUACCAGAUCUACUAUGUUGGUCCCAUCGCCAAGUUGGUUAGCACUGAUGGUGCCGAUUUGGGUAUCUGGGUAGGUUGUGCAUGGGCCAUGAUAGUGUUUCCUCCACUGAGAUGGCUGGAAUUGAAGAAAUUUGGCCGAUGA